UACUAUUACUUCAGUGGAGAUAAGAAAUUAGGAGCAAUAAAAUCGUACCGUUGUGAGUCUGGAUAUCGUGAAAUGGCAGAAGAGGCCACAUGCACACAAGACGGAUGGACACCAAAACCACUGUGUGCUGUCUCAGGGAAAUGUGGACCACCACCAGACGUAAACGAUGCAGAUACAAUAGAAUUGAAAAAAGAUGAAUACAAUACAGGGGAGAGAGUUGAAUACAGCUGCUUUAAUAAAUACACUUUGGAUCUGCGUCCAUCUUUCUCCAAAUACUUGACCUGUGAGCAAGGAGAAUGGAGAGGGAAGAUUAGGUGUUUAAAGCCCUGUACAGUGACGGUGGAGGAAAUGGAUAGAAGAGGUAUAGAGUUGGCCUAUGUUAAUCGGCAAAAGAUGUUCAUACCCCAUGAUGAUCACAUCAGCUUUAUGUGUCAGAGGGGCAAAGUUUCAGGAGGUGUUCCCCUAAGACCACAGUGUAAUGAUGGAGUGGUGACUUUACCUGAGUGUGUGAGACAGUGAGAGUAAAACAUUGCUAAAUCACUACUAAGUACAAACUAAUGGAGAAGAUCAAAAUAAAAUAAAAAUUUCCCAA